AACGUCAUCAUAUAUGAAUUAAUAAAAACAAAGAAAAAGAAGCCUCUUGUCUCUUACCUUUUUUCAGGAGGACCUGGUAAGACGAGGAAGAUGGUGUCGCUAAAGCUCCAGAAGCGGCUGGCGGCGAGCGUUCUCAAGUGUGGGAGAGGCAAGGUUUGGCUGGAUCCAAAUGAAGUCAAUGAAAUCUCCAUGGCCAACUCACGCCAGAACAUCAGGAAGCUGGUUAAGGAUGGGUUUAUCAUCAGGAAGCCAACCAAGAUUCAUUCUCGAGCCCGUGCACGUCGAAUGAAGGAGGCAAAGAGGAAGGGACGCCACUCUGGAUAUGGUAAGCGCAAGGGUACAAGGGAGGCUAGGUUGCCAACAAAGGUCUUGUGGAUGAGAAGGAUGCGUGUUCUUAGGCGCUUGCUCCGCAAAUACAGAGAAUCAAAGAAGAUUGACAAGCACAUGUAUCAUGAUAUGUACAUGAAGGUGAAGGGUAAUGUGUUUAAGAACAAGCGAGUUCUAAUGGAGAGCAUCCACAAGUCCAAGGCUGAGAAGGCAAGAGAGAAAACUUUGUCUGACCAGUUUGAAGCUAAGAGGGCGAAGAAUAAGGCAAGCAGGGAAAGAAAGAUUGCUAGGAGGGAGGAGCGUUUGGCUCAGGGACCUGGAGCAGACAAGCCACCAGCAGCUGCCCCUGUUGCUGCAGCCCAACCUGCUGAGGUUUCUAAGAAGUCCAAGAAGUGAGAUCCUAGUGAAGAUUUGUGAAGGACUUAUGACUUUAGAGAGUCUGUUUCUUCGGUUAGUAGUUUUGUUGAGCCAUGGUGCUGUAUUUUUGGGUAAUAUGGAUGUUGAGUUGUUCCUUUACAUGAUAGAUGGAAAAGUGUUCCUUCAGAUGACUUGUUUGUCUGCUUUUUCUAGAUUUCAUAAUGUCGAGUUUAUUUCCUUCUGGUUCAUUAUUUUCAAUGUUAAAAAUUAGUUUUGCACGGAUGAGUUAUGGAAUGGUUUUCAAUGUGAAAAUUCACGAACAAGAUGAUUAAUCAAGACCUUAAGUAGGA